AUGAUGGAGGACUUCAACCGCCGUCUCCAAGACGUCGACCGCGCGAGGGCCGCGUGUCUGGCGGCCAUCGAGGAUCUACUUCGUGUACACCGGAAAUCGCCGGGCGACUACAGUCUGCCCCUCGCCGACCCCCGUCUACUGGAACCACUGCAGGACGACGCGCUGUUCCGGGCAAUAGACACGGUGGCACGGUGGGCCCCACAAGUAGACGCCUUAAACGCCGAACAGCGAACGGUGUACGAACGCGUGAUGGCGGCCGUCGACGACCAACGCGAGGUGGCGAAAACUUUCUUCGUCGACGGACCCGAGGGUACCGGAAAAACGACGCUGUACGGAUGCCUGAUAUGGGCGCUUCGGCACCGACCUCCGCAGCGGGAGGUGUUGUGCGUGGCGUUCACAGGUAUCGCCGCGUCGCUCAUGGACGGCGGCAUGACCGUAAACUCGACGUUCGGACUGCCUUUCGGCACGCUGACCGAAGACUCGACGUCCAGCGUCACCAUGCAGUCCGAGCGAGCGCAGAAGAUACGCAACGCGGCGCUCAUCGUCUGGGACGAAGCCCCAAUGUCGCCGGGACUGCAACUGACGGUGGUGGACCGCCUGCUCAGGGACGUCAUGGCAUCGGAAUUACCGUUCGGCGGUAAAACCAUGCUGUUCGCCGGCGACUUCAGGCAGAUAUUACCCGUGGUCCGGAGAGGGACGAGAGCCGAGAUCGUCAUGUCAUCGAUCAAGGAAAACGGUCUUUGGCGCGUCAUGGAGCGCUUCAAUCUGGUCCAGAACAUGCGCGCGGACCACGACGCGGACUUUGCGACUUGGUUGCUUGAACUCGGCAACGGCCGACUGCCCGCGGUCGACGGCGUUCCGAACACCAUACAAAACCCGCGGCAAAUGGUAUGCGACGUUGAUGAUUUGAUCGAUUUCGUGUACCCGCAGCAAAUGUCGUUGACCAACGUCGACGAAUUCGCUCGGAGAAUCGUUGUGUGUCCCACAAACGAAGACUGUAGAGGUGUCAACAGGGACGUGCUGGAGCGCGUCGACGGUGCUCAGAUGAGCUACACCGCCGUCGACACCAUGAUGGCGGACGAUCCCGACGAAGUGGCCAAUUUUCCCACGGAGUUCCUCAACAGCUUGGAACCGGACGGCCUGCCGCCGUACCGGCUGACGUUGAAGGUGGGGUGCAUCGUGAUGUUGCUCAGAAAUCUCGAUCCGAGGAGACGACUGUGCAACGGUACGAGGUUGGUGGUCACCGAACUGCGGCGUCACAAUUUCAAGGCUAGGAUUUUGGGCGGUGAAGUACAGGACGACGACAUCGUCGUGCCCAAGAUACCGCUCACGUCCAGCGGUGAGGACGACCUGCCCAUCUUACUGCGGCGCCUUCUAUUCCCGGUGAGAUUGUCGUUCGCCAUGACCAUCAACAAGUCGCAGGGUCAGACGUUCGACCGUGUAGGUUUGUUACUGACGUCGCCUGUGUUCACGCACGGGCAACUGUACGUAGCGUUUUCGAGGGUGAGAAACGCACAGUCCGUGAGAGUCGGCAUGUACGCCGAUGACAGCGGCCGAUUCGUCACCAAGAACAUAGUGUACAGGGAAGUUCUGUAA